CCUCCCCAUCCAUCGCCUGAAUUCUUGUCCCUUCUGAACUCUACACUAACUACUCUGGACACUUCUGUAUUUCACUUUUUAUUUGCCUCACAGAUGUUUCUCUUUACUCUUCUUAUUUUUACCUGUAAGACUACUGAUGUGUCUUGUCAGAAAGACAAUGUAUGUGUGACCAACACCCCAUCUGUGUGACUGUGCUGUUCCUCCACAGAUGGGAGGGGGAAGUGGGUUGCACACAGACUGGUUGUGCCAAUUAAACAUUUCCCAUGUGUUGCAUGUAUCAAGGCAGGACAGGUGCAGCUUGUAGACCCCUCCUGAAUAACUUGCCAAUUGCUUUGCUGAACAUCCUUGCAUCCACUGUUCUCCGCUUCAUGUCAUGUUCCUCCUUCCAGUACUGUUCAAUUUAAUUAUUACUUCACAUAUGAAAUGUUUUCAUAGAGGAAAGGUAGGAAGGAUAUUGGCAAAACACAGUGGAAGUUCAUACUCCUUUCAUACUUCACUCUACAUCCAAAGUUGUAUCCUGAAUUAUUUAAGUUCCACUGCUUCUGGCUUUGUUUAAUUUUCCCUGCAUUCUCAUCAAGUUCGAUUUGUCCUCUGGGCUGUGCUCCAGAUACCUCUGGACAAACCUUAACCCUUUGUUGCUCAGCCUUGUAAUCUAUAAAACUCAUGGAAAAAACCCUACAGCUCUGUGUAUCUGUUGUGAGAGUACAUUUAACUCUUGUUGGUUGGCUGGAUGUGCUAGAGGAAACCAUCUGCAGAUUCAUUGAGCAAGGAAAAUUUUUGGAAGCUUGUGAACAAAUUCAUAAUCUGGAGCAUUCUGGAAAUGAUGGUAUGAAAACAUCUGAAUCAAUUUAUGUGCUACUGGCUGAACAAAUGUGGACUGUAGUGGGAGAAGCACUUGGUGGAAGUGACAGGAUGCUCCUGGAGCCAUUGCAGUCAGUGGGGGAAUCACUGAAGUGGGAGAAGCAGAAGGAAGUAGAGUGGCUUGGUAAUGGUCUAGAGACGGAGUCUGUUUCCACCUGGAGCCCAAACUUCUGGAGAAAAGAUCUGGAGGAAAAGCUAAUGCAAUACAUGACCGCUCAGAUCCCCCUGUUUGGUUCCUCUGCUAACACAGAUGAGACUGCACUAAAACAGCACCUGAAUAAUCUGGAAAUGACAUUUCUCCCCAGCCUGGAGCACAGGAGUGAUAUCUUCAAGGAAGCAGGAUUGCUCAUCACCUAUGCCCGCUGCUGUCAUGCCUCUUUGUGUUCUCACCUUGCCACACUUACUGACAGUAACAGUUUCAGUUUCAGCCAAAGUCUUUUAAUUUAUGAAUGGAGCAUUAAAAUGUACAAAAGUGGCAGCCAGGCAUGUGUGAGACCAGGGCACAUCCCCCAGCACAGCCUUUCCCUUGGUGCACAGUGCCUCGUGUGGAUUCUUUUGAAGACUGAAGAAAAAUUACUUGAAAUCGCACGGAAGGAAGUAGGGGAAGCGCUGAAAGAAGCCUUUGAUAUUGGGAAACCCCCUUGUGCAGAUGCUGCAGUCAUUGAGAUACUAACAGAGAAGACAGAGGCUGCCAGGCGUGUCAGCGAGAGCCUGAGCGAGAAGGUGGAAGCUGAGUGCCUGGAGGAGUACCUGAAGUUCCUGGAGAGCUAUGAAGAUGAAGUAAGAAGCUUUCUCCAGCUUGACAGCUGCCCGAAGAUCUGCAGCAGCUUACGAAUCCUGGAGAAUUGCUGUCUUCUCAGAACUGUCUGGCAUAAGCUAAUAUACAUUUGCAGUGUCAGCACUGAGCAGAAUAUUAAGGUAAAUGGAUUUCUACACAGGAUGGAAGAUGACAUUAUGGAGCAUUUUCUGCAGACCAUCACUUCUAAAGUCAAGGAAACACUGAAGGACCACUUCAAAAAGUGUGACAGUGGUUUUGACCACAUCCUUGAAUCCUUAAAUCAAAGCUUUUUGACCUUCGGGAAGAAAAAAACAGAUACAUAUGAGGCCCUCAUCAAGGCUGUCAAUGCCAUCAUUAUCACAGAAUACAUGCAGGCCCUGCUGACCACUCCCAGGAAACCAUCUGCUAUGCAGAGGAGGAGGAUUGUCAACAAGAUAGAAGAAGAUCAUAGGAUGAUGCAAGCCAUCUUUAAAGAGUGCUUAGGUCCUGCAGCUGGUUCUCUCAAGGAUCCCGUAAAAGCAAUUUUAGAACUUAUUCAAACUUCUGAUCCUGAGGGGAUGAAAAUAGCACUUCUGCCCAUUCUAAAAGAAUUUCCUGACCUCAGGAAGGAACAUCUGAGUGCAGUGCUGGACAUCAAAGAUGUGCUCAGCCGAGAGGACAGAGCUGCUCUCUUGAAGACAUUUCACGAUAAUUGCAGGGAAUCAGAAACAGAAGCAAACUUGCUUUUUGCAGAUAUAGAAGUAAAACCUAGAAAAUAUGGACUCUGUGGCUGCCUCUGCUGUUAGCAAAGGCCUGCUGGGGAAGACAUGAGGCUUUGCUCCCCUGUGACAGUGUCUGCAAGCUCCUUGAAAUCUUCACAUGCAGCUGGAUGCAUGGAGAAGCCUAUCAGCCAUGGAAGACAAAAUUCCUGCACUUUUGUGGCAAAAACAUGUGGGUCAAAUCCUAAUCAUAAGAUUAAAUGUAAAUUUAAUCAAUUGUAAAUCCUGGAUGUAAAAUCCAGGAGUAAGAUGAAAUGGAUAUGGUAGAAAGACAUUUCUUCAAAACCUCCUAGAGAUUGCCAUGCAACUGAGUCCUGGUGGUUAUUCUCAGGAUGUGGCAAGAGUGGAGGAGGAAGGUUUCACCUCACCAAAUUCCUCUCUGUUUCCAUGCCUUGUUCCAUGACAUCUCUAAGGAAACCAAGGACUGCUGUACCACAUGGUGUCCCAUCAUUGCAACCUCACAAGGGAUCCAAGACCUCUGUUAGGGAAUAUUGCCUGGCUGACUGUGCUGGCAAUGCCUGCAGGUCUAGGCACCUCAAUUUACCCCCCAAAGCCUGACCUGCACCAGGAGGGUGUAGACAAAGCUGCCUCGUCCCUCUCUCAUGAAGGCUGUGACUUGCUUUGGGGGCAGCCUGCCAUGGUGAGGUGUGGGAUGGAGAGUUCUUCCUGUAUGAGUUUUACAGCUGGUUCAGGAACAUAGUCUUGCAUUAAUUUUUAUACCUCAGUUACUGGAAAUUUCCUCUUGGAGAGGGAGGGGAAAAACCUCAUGGGAAGCAGGCAGUAAAAGGAGCUAUUUGUCCCAGCCUCUGGGCAAGGUCUCUGCUAGUUUUCACAUGUAAAUGGGCAGUUCCAAAGGAAAAACACUGACUUCUUCCUGGUUAUCUAUGGAGUGGUCACAGCUGCCAAGCUGGAUGUGGUUCAAGGCCCUCCUUUGCUAUUGUGUGAAUAUAGGCCAUUACUGCUCCUCUCUGACAACAUAACUGAGCAAAAAACUCUACCUCAGAUGGGCCAGUGUUUUUCUGAGCAGCCAUUCCCCCUCGAGUCUGCUUCCCUAACAAGCGGGAAAGUCUGUGCAAAACCUGUCAAUGUGUGUAGCAGCAGACAUGUCACGCCCUGGUACCAUGAGAAAUGCAGACCCAGCUGGGUGCUGCCACGUUCUGCAGUGCUGUGCCAUCACCCCAGGGGCACAGGUGCCCCAUCCCAGAGCCCUGUGUGCAGAUGGGGUCCUGUGAGCUAGAAAGGAGCCAGGACAGGUUUGUAAUUGUCAUUAGCUUUGUUCCUGGUGCAGUGCUGAGUUGCUCCAUCUCCAGAGAGUCCUCUGUGUGCUUUCAGGGCACCAGGAGACCUUGGCACUGCUACACUUCAUCCCUCAUGUCACUGAAGGGCAGGCCAUGCCUGCUUGCCCUUCCUGACUGCACAGCUGUUCAAAAGGCCAGUGCUGGUGUCCCUAACAUUUCAUAGCUGUCCACUGUAGCUUCAGUGAGAACUUCCCUGUGAUGUGGGAAGGCUGGGGAAUCUGGGGGACCCACAACCUGGCUGGGUGGGCGUGGGUUGGGCUGCAGGGUGGGAUGAGCACCUGCCUUCUGAAGGUUGCCAGCCCUGCUAGGCACUCUGAGCCAGUCACCCAUCCCUCCUGCUGAACUGCAUAUUUUUUCAAGGGUGGGGAGGGAUGUCAGACCUGAAUGACAGACCCUAUUGUGAUGGCAGGGUCAGGGUCAGCCUCUGCCAAUGGGGAUUUCAAGCAACAAGCCUUCCAGAGAAAAUAAAUGAAACCUUCUCUGACAUUUCCAUCACUGUCGGGCCAAAAAUAAUCUGUCAGCAUGUGGACAGCUCUGGCCAUGCACAUGUCGAUGUCUGUGUGUGUCUGCUGUUUGACAUCUGCAGCCAGACAAGGAUGCGUUCUGCUUGGAAUCAGCAGCUGGGAGCCCUGAGGGACACCAGGCUUGCCAUUGCUGUGUGCAGAUCAAUGAGGUUUUGUAGCAGCAAGUUUUUGCACCAUGUGUGAAGCAUCCACUCAUCAAGAGACCAAAUAAAGACUUGACCCAUGAGGUUCAA